CUCUAAUCUAAUUAGUUAUUUCUCGAAAGCGUUAGAUGUAGCAUGGCAACUUGGAAGCAAGGUUUUCAGACUGUUUGGAGCAGGUCGUUCUGCUGCCGUUCUCCUGUACUACGUAGAAUCAACAGAAAUGCCUCUUCAAACUGACGCCGCCGAGAGAUUCCAGCGUUAGUUGUCGUUUUGGCAGUCGAGAAUGAACUGGAUUUUCCCCCUGUCCAAGGGCUCUGGAUCGAUCCCUCCUCUGAACAGUUUACAGAAACAAAGACAGAGACAGAUCGAGUCUCUCAAAGCUGCUCACUCAAGUAAGUCUCACUGAAUGGCUGUGUCCCAAACCUGGAGAGCCGAAUACCUAGACAGCGUUUAGGUAUUCGGGAGAGCAACAGAGGGAACGCUAGGAUAUAGGACAGCCAAAAUGAACUCUACAUCACGAUUUCAGCAUUGAGAACACGUGCUCGGUGGUCUGAUCAGUGAAAUGAAUCAUCUGGAAAAGCAGAUCUGUUUUGUUGUUGUUGUUGUUUGUGCGCGCGCGCGCGUGUUCUGGAUGUGCUGUCCAUGUUUCAGAUUAAAGUAUUAGCUCUUCAUAGUUUACUCCAGAUCCCUUCUUACUCUACAGGACAGGUCUUAAAUUAGUGGCAUGUUACACAUGGUAUCAUUUUUUAUUUUAUUUUUAAUAGACUGAUACUCCCAUUUUGUUCCUGAGUGGGUUUAACUUCCUAAUUCUGACUCAGUAACGUUUAUUAGUCAUUCAGAGCACACGAUUAUUAACCCAUUUACGCAAUGAUAAGUUCAUCAAAAUCUGAAACUCCUAUACUUCAAUUUCUAAUAUGAAGCUGGCAAUCGUUGAUCAAGAUACCAAAAUAUAAUGACAAUUUCCUGACAUGUUUCCCCAGGCACUCCCCCGUCCUCCAUUGUGAUUGGCUGAGAUUUACUAGCACAUUUUUUUUUUCAGUAUUAAAAAAAUUAUUUGUCUCACUAAAUUCUGCACGUGAUGUCUCCAUAGCCUUGCAGAAAUUCAGAAGGAUGUAGAGUACAGACUUCCUUUUACUGUCAACAAUUCAACUAUUUCUGUCAAUAUCUUGCUCCCACCACAGUUCCCUCAGGAGAAACCAGUGGUCAGCGUGUUUCCACCAGUAGGUCAUCAUUUAGUAGACAGUAACAAUGGAACCAUGGUUACCAGCCCACUCAUAACUAAUUUUGGAAUGCAUUCAGAUUUAGGAAAAGUAAUUCAAAGUUUGCUAGAUGAGUUUUGGAAAAGUCCUCCUGCCUUGAUGUCAGAUCCCACCUUUCCUUAUAUGUACAAACCAUCGGGGAUGCCUCCUUACCCAACUCAGAGCUUCCAUUUUGUUCCUGCCUUCCCACCACAGGAUGGUCAGCGGCCUGUCGGCCCUGUCCCUCUGUCACAUGCAGGGGUGGAGCCUCAACAAGCCCCUCCGCGACCAGCAGCACCAACUUAUGGACUCAUCACAGACCUUCCUCUUCCUGUACCAACUGCUGACUCACAGUCAGGUCUGAAUGGACACAUAUACAAGAUGCCUGAAAUCCCAGAUACAUUUCCAGAACUGUCUGAGAUGAGUAAUUCUCAACUGAAGGACAUGAAUGAUCAAGAUGACAUGUUGUUGGAGUUCUUCAUGUGUCUGCCUCAGCUCAAACAAGUAACCUCUGACAAAGAGGAUCUGGUCAACAACAUUGUGGAGAUGGCCAAGAAGAACCUACAACUUGAGCCUCAACUGGAGAACAAGAGACAAGAGAUGUUGUGUAAAUAUGAACAGUUAACCCAGAUGAAGUCUGCAUUUGAAACCAAAAUGCAAAGGCAACAUGAGCUGAGUGAGAGCUGCAGUCUGAGUGCAUUGCAGGCCAGAUUAAAGGUAGCUGCCCAUCAGGCCGAAGAGGAGUCUGAGGAGACAGCAGAGAACUUCCUGGAAGGAAAGACAGAGAUUGACGACUUUUUAGCCAGCUUCAUGGAAAAGAGAACGCUUUGCCAUUGCAGAAGAGCCAAAGAGGAAAAGCUCCAGCAAUGCAUGACCACACAUGGACAGUUUCCUACCACACAUUAGAUUGAAUGUCCCAGAAAGGUUUGGGAUCAAUCUACCAGCAGAUCGGUGGGCUUGAGACAAGCAGCACAUCUUGUGGCCUACAGCCUUGAUUGGGCAAAACUAGAUAUUAUAUGAAAAUGAGUUUUCGGCGUCAAUCUUUACUGAAAUCAAAGUGAUUUUUGCACAGAAUUUCCAAAAGUGUUACGCUAUCCCUGGUUGAGUAAGACCAGAUGCGAGUACGUCUGGAUGUGCCCAGUCUGGCUGUGACCCAAAGGCUGUGAUCAGAGGAAAGCAAUCUGUUCUUAAUAGUGUUCAGAAACAGGCUGAGUUCUAAGCUUAUUAGUUCAGUUUGAGUUUAUGUGACAAAUGGGGUUGGGCCUUGUAUGCACUUGAAGAUGAAUUUGGAAAAAUGUUAAUGCUGCCGACAAAAACAUACUGUAUGUAAUAAUGUUGAUAAAAGCCUUUAUUAUAAUUAGACACUGUAUUAUAUGUUUAUUUAAUUUGAUGGGUUAAUAAAACAUUUAGAAUAAUCCCUG